UCAUAAAUUGUACUUAGUGCUAUCAUUUUCACUUGUCAUAUUCUUUUUAUGUUUGCGUAAUCGUUCUAUAAAUAUGUCAUGCAGCAAAUAAAUUCAAAUUUUUCUCCAGAAACAUUUCUACUGAUCACUUCCUACUCUAAAUCUAAUUUGGGCAGCAUAAAAUCAAGAUUUCAGAUCUGUUUACACAAAGAUUCGACAAAUAUAAAUUCUCAGUUCCGAAACCGCAGUUUUUCAAUGAUUAAUGGCCAGGCUUUCCAUUCAUCUUCUAAUCAUAAAUCUGAUUUCUCAAACGGUUUCUUAUCAUUAGUGCACUCCAAAAGAUUUUGCCGUCGUAAUAACGGAAGGUGAAUCAAAUCACCGGAGUAAUUUCUCCGAUUGAUUCAAAUUCUUUUUGCAGUUAUAAUAAUCGCAAUCAUGCAAAUUCUGCACCCUAUAUAUACCACCAAAUCGUCACCUGAAAAAUCAUACAGUCUUUACUCCUCCUUAAGAAUUGUAGCGCCGCCAUGGCCGCCUUCUACUCGAGUUUCAUCAACCUCCUUCUGGUGCUCCUCCUUCUGCAUUUCUCCCCCAUCACCUCUGCUAGAAUUAGCAGAGCCGCUUUCAGUACUGGUCCCAUUGGUUUCUCCCUGGAACUCAUUCACCGGGACUCUCCUCGUUCUCCUCUUUACGACCCUUCCUCCACUCCCGCUCAGCGAGCCGAGCAGGCGGCUCUCCGCUCCAUAUCGCGCUCCGGCCACUUCGCGUCCGGAUUGACAGCAACACCUGCUUCUUCUAUCAAUAGCGUUGCUCAGAGCCCCGUAAGGCCGGGAAACGGCGACUACCUCGUCACCCUCUCUUUGGGCACUCCUCUCCACUCAUACUGGGCCAUUCUCGACACCGGCAGCGACCUCACCUGGACACAGUGUCGCCCCUGCGACUCCUGCACCGGCCGAACCCUUUCCAUGUUCAACCCCCUCGCCUCCUCCACCUACAAGAACCAGGGCUGCGCCUCCAGAGGCUGCACCGCCCUCCCUGCUGGAGAAAGACACUGCAACGCUGACGCCGUCUGUGGCUUCCGCCACACAUAUGGCGAUGGCUCCUUCGCCGGCGGCGACCUCGCAUCGGAGACCCUUUGGUUUGAUGCCGGCGUUAAGUUUUCGGACGUCGCCUUCGGCUGCGUCCACGACGAACGCGGCAGCCUGGCACUGCAUCAGGUUGCCGGCAUCGUGGGCCUCGGCGGCGGGCCUCUCUCCCUCAUCUCCCAGAUCGGCUCCUCCGUAAGCAACAAGUUCGCUUACUGUCUCGUUCCGCGGACCGCCGGGAAGCUCAAGUUUGGCGCGGCCGCUGUAUUCCCUGGCUCCGGAGCGUUGAAACAAACGCCCCUGUCCAAACAAGGCGAGCAGGGCACAUAUUACGUGCUCUACCUCGAUGACAUCAGCGUCGGGGGCAAGAGGCUCCACAUAGAGCCUUCUCGCUCCGUUGUUCCAGCGGGAGAAAGCAUGAAGGGUAUUGGUCCUGUCGUGAUAGACUCAGGCAGCACGCUGACGACGCUGACCAAAGACGUGUACGCCGCAGUGGAGAAGGAAGUAGCAAACGCAGUGAAGUACGAGUUCGCGCCUCCUCCGAAGGGUUAUGAACUGUGCUACAGGGCGGAUUUCGCCGACCUGAGAUAUUUUCCGGCAGUGACAUUCCACUUCGAGGGCGCCGACUGGACGGUGCCGGCGUGGAGCUCGUUCGUGAAGGCCGGGGAGGGUGUGAUGUGCCUGGCGAUUGUGCACACAGACGGGGUGAACGUGUUUGGGAACGUGGCGCAGCAGAACGUGUACGUGGAAUACGAUCUGGGGAAGGGGAUGCUCUCCUUUGCUCCCACUGAUUGCACCAAGGCCUAAAUGUAUAGGACUCUGUGUUCUUUUAUCUUCUCUUAAUACUUGUGGGUCCUCUGUUAAGCAGCAGUAGUAGUUUGCCUUUUGUACAAGGUGCUAAUA